GAACACACGCUCCUUCCUCCUUCCACCCCCGGCGGCCGCUCUGCCAGCAGGAGUCCGAUUGCACCUCCGCUGGCAUGCUGUGCUUCAUCUCAGAAAAAGGGCGGAGCCUCGCUGUCCUCUUAGCCAGUGGCAUUCUCAGUGACUGGGGAGGGGGACAGAGGGGCGGGGCAGAGAGCACCGCGUCCCUCUGACGGCCACGCCCCUCGGGGGUGCCCCUUUAAAAUGUGCCUGGAGGCGUUUUGAGCGAACUUGCCACCCUCAGGGGCCGGUGUGCGUGGGGGGCUGGCGAGGCUGGGGUGGUGGAGCAGCCAGGGGGAAGAAUUUCCGACCUUCCGAGGGCGCAGAGCACCAAUCCUUCUUUUCUUCUCCCGGAGAAGCUGUAUCCUUUCCGCUUCUGUUCCGCGGGAGAUGGUCGCGUUGCCUCGGCGGAGGUAGGGAAGGAGAGAGGCACUGAGUUGGAAAAACAACAACAGCGCUUGGUAUGUCUCCCGUCAGCGAGGAGCUGGGACUGGAGGACGCUGCUUCCCACACCACUGCCCCGUUGCCCGCUCUUGAAGAAACCCAAGCGGCCGAGGGAGAAGCGAAGCGGGAGAAUGGCAAGUGGUGCCUGCAGGAGGCGUCCCUGGCUUCGCCAGAAGGAGCCGGGGAGUCUCCCCCGGUGACGGCGAAUAUGACAACGGUGACGACAGGGAGUCCCCCUGAGAAGAAGGAGGCGGAGAAGGAGGGAAAAGAGCAAGAGGCGCCGCCGGAGGGGGAAGGGGCGCCCUUGGAGCCCCCCGAGGGCGGCUGGGGCUGGCUGGUCAUGCUGGCCUCCAUGUGGUGCAACGGGACGGUGUUCGGCGUCCAGAACUCGUGCGGGGUCCUCUUCAAGUCCAUGCUCUCGGUAUACGGGAACCCCGAAGACAAGCAGCUGAUGUUCAAGACAGCAUGGGUGAAUUCUCUGUCCAUGGGAAUGAUCUUCUUCUGUUCUCCUAUAGUCAGUGUAUUUACCAACAUAUAUGGCUGCCGACCAGUAGCUGUUGUUGGAGCAGCAGUGGCUUUCAUUGGACUCCUUGCAAGUUCAUUUGUAAGAACGCUUGGACUGCUCUAUUUCACCUACGGAAUUUUAUUUGGCUGUGGUUGUUCAUUUGCAUACCAGCCAUCCCUGGUCAUUUUGGGGCAUUAUUUCAAGAAGCGCCUGGGACUGGUGAAUGGCAUUGUCACUGCGGGCAGCAGCUUGUUUACUAUAACACUGCCUUUUCUCUUAACUGCACUGAUCAAGUCAGUUGGCCUAGACGCCACUUUCCAGAUUCUGUGCAUCUUUGUGUUUGUUCUUUUCCUGGCUGGCUUUACUUAUAAGCCUUUUGCUCCUAGUGCCAAAGAGAGUGGGGAAAAGGGCAAAUCCAAAUUUCCUCAAGCAAACAAGAUUUGCAACUUCUCAAUUUUCAAAAAUUCAACCUAUAUACUAUGGGCUUUUGGGAUUCCAGCUGCCUUAUUUGGAUACUUCGUACCUUAUGUUCACCUUCUGAAACACGUGAAAGAACGGAUUGGCGAACAUGUUCAAGAUGAGACACUUCUGCUUUGCCUUGGCAUUACUUCAGGAGUUGGCCGAUUGAUCUUUGGCAGAAUUGCAGAUUAUAUUCCUGGUGCAAAAAAGGUUUAUCUACAGGUGAUCUCAUUUUUCUUCAUUGGCCUGAUGUCUAUGAUGAUUCCACUCUGUUAUUCCUUUGGAGGUCUCAUUGUUGUCUGCCUGUUCAUGGGUCUCUUUGAUGGCUGCUUCAUUAGCAUUAUGGCACCCAUUGCCUUUGAGCUUGUUGGUGCACAGUAUGUUUCUCAGGCAAUUGGAUUCCUCUUGGGCUUCAUGUCUGUACCAAUGACAGUUGGUCCACCUAUUGCAGGAAUUCUGCGUGAUCAUCUGGGGAAUUAUGAUCUAGCAUUCUAUCUAGCAGGAGUUCCCCCGAUUAUUGGAGGUGUUGUGUUGUGUUUUAUCCCAUGGGUGCAUGGAAAGAAGAAAUCAAAACAGGCUCGUGCUGUAGACGUGGAAACUAUGGAGAAAAUGUUGGAAAUCAAAAGCACCUCAAUGUUGGACUCGGUUGAAAAAUCCACCAAAUCGGAGUCUGUUAUUUAAUUGUUGAUAUUUUUCUAUCAGAUUGGAUUUAUUUUUAUAAGAACUAGGUUAGCUAUGUUUUAUGAAUUGAACCAUAUGAUUGUACUUUAAAAACGAAGCCACAAGAAGUGGUGAAGAUUAAAACAGCUAACAGCUUUUAGAUACACUUCAAAACAUGUUUCCAUAUAUUACAUGAAGUUUUUGUCAUCUAUAUCAGUGAGUGAGUAGAACUUUUUAAAAGAGAUGCUUCAUUGCAUUUCUGGAGCUCAAGAAUAGUUCCCAUUUGUUAACUGACUCAGCAAGACUUCAGUAAUAUUAUAAUUUGUCCAGUGAAACAACAUUCAUGAAGAAUUUUUAGUAGCUUCUGAAAGUUUUUAUAAACCCUGCUCUUAAUAUUUUAAAACCAUUGUGUGCAUUUGCAGCUUUUUAUGCCUUUACAGCUGAAUCCUACACAGAGAAUGGCAUCUUGACUGAUGUCCUGACAAGUGAAGCACGCAUGCUUAAAGGGACUGUGGGGAACCACCAGGAGCCGUCACGCAUCUCCCCCAGUUCCCUUGUGUGCGCGCUGUUGUGCAAGAGUUCUUAGAGUAUGGAUUGCGGCCCACACUCCAGAAGCACUCUGUGAGAUUGGAAACAUGACACUGAGUGUCAGAAACAAGUUUCUGGUUUUGCAGAGCACUUCUAGAGUGCAAGGCAGCACCCCAAACUCUAAGAGCUCUUGCACAUCAUUGUGCACACAAGGAAACUGGGGGAGCUGCAUGAGGUUUCAAAACAAUCUUUAUGGAUUGUCAAGAACUGAGAGCACAAAUGACAUACUGUUACAAUGUAUGUACAAUAUAGAAAUUCACAGGUUCCUAAAAAAUAUCCAGUUACAAAGUUAUAACAUCUAAGGGAACAACAGAAUGUUUGAAUCUCACAGGUGGGAUGAAAAGGAGCAUAAGGAGUUCAUAAUGACGUCUGUCUUGAAUGUUGCUAUGUAAUGGAAGGAGUUGAUCCCUCCAUCCACAGCCAGAAAGCGUUCCACUUCCAUGACAGGAAACGUCCUUGCUCCAUGGAUGCCAGUGUUGGUAGGCAUUUUACAACAAAAUUAACAGAAAUAGUACAGCUUUGCUCUCUCUUGGUUGAAAGUUCUCGUGAUCUUUGAGAACCCAGAGCUAACAUGACAAAAAAAAUUGACUAUCCAAACUGUGCUUAUUGGCAUUUCCGAAAACCUUUUGACCUAUGCCUGAUCUGUAGUGCCUUUCCCUUUUUAUUUUGGGACCCUCUAAAAACAUGGACCCGAGCCUUCUGGAAACCAGCUCCUCCCAAAUCUAUUUCUCUAGAGCUGGCCAUCAUAGAGCUUCACUUAUCUCUUGCCAUAGUAACCUGGCUACUGGACACUCUUUGACAAAAUGCUGUAUCAGUUCUCUAGGAGAGAUGGACCCUUUAGAGACUGAUCUCGGAUAGACCUGUUGGCCCUUGGGAAGCCAAGGUUUACCCCUGUUAACUAGGUAUAUCUAAUGAUACAGGCACUAUCUCAAAUCCCAUAAUGGGAUUCUUUUGUCUCAGAAAAAUUCUAUAGGUUCAUUUAAAGCUUUAAGGUACACUGUCAGAUAAAGUUUUGUGGUCCUUUUUUUAAUGCUCCACCUUAGAGGGACUUAUUUAGGAUAUGGUUGUAAAAAACCCUUUUCUAGUCCAGGUAACCACUCUGGAACAGUUCCGCAUUCCCUCAUAAGGAGGAAGAUUUCUGUAAGAUAGUCCGGACUCACUGUGUUCAUCAUAGAUGUAACUUGCUUAAAGAGCAGAGCGCUACCUCACCACUGCUUCUCCCACAUGGAGUUCCUCCAUUCCCAAAGAAAGCCAUUAUGACCCAGAAAGCCAUUCUAUUUUUUCCCCUUUUUGGAGCAUGAAAGCCCCAAUCCAAAGGACAAAAUUCAAGCUCAUAAACACCAAUAGAAUAGUGGUCCUAAGGCAAGUAAAGCCAACCCGCCAUUACCAACCUUGCUAUAGGCCAUAACCCUCACCAGAGGGUAAAAAGCAGUCCCCCAUAAGAACUUUUAAAUGCUCAGUUCUAAUUUCUUAAUCAACUUAGCAGGCAUAGGAAAGACAGUUGCAAGUUUAGAAAUAAUGGCUAAUAGAUAUCUUAAUAAAGAUCGAUUUCUUAUAGAGGCUGAGGUUCGAUUUCUUUCACUCCAUGAGCUUACUUUUAGGUUCCUUGGCUCAAAGCCAUCAAUUUCGGGCACCGUGAAAACAUCCCCCUAGAAAAUUUAUGCUUUCUAGUUCAGUUAUGCCUUCUGAUUUUAAAGAAAUCUGAGCAGGAUGGUUUAUAAAAGACUGCACAGCAAUCAACACUAGGUUUUCAGAAAUACAAUUAAAUUCAAACAAACAAAUUUUGUCUUGUCUAAAGGCAAUGCUGCUCUUUAAUGCACAUGCAUGGGACACAGAGUGCAAUCCUUUCUAUCUGGGCCAAAUGACAUGACCCCAACAUCCCAACCCCUUGGAAAUGCAGCAAUGAAAUGCAAGAAACUUUGCUAAUUAAAAUGUUCCCUAUGAUUUAAUUUAUCUUCUUUUUGCUUUGUUUUUCUUUGGCUCCCUGUACCUGUGCCUGACUUCCUUGCACAGUGGCUGUUCUGUAUCUUCUUCUAUGCCCUCACUCUUGUGGACUCGUUCACUCUCUUCUGCUGUCUCCAUGGCUGUGUUGACUAGGUUGUCCUGCCAUCUGGAUCACGGUGCCUGUGGCCGUGAGGCUAGUUUGUAGUAUCUCUGAUACCCUUUGGAAGAGCCAGCUCACUGUUUUGGGAAUCUUGGAUGUAGCCUCCUGAUAAUCCUGAUGACUCUUUUGGGAGUCUGUUUUCUGGCUCUUUCUCUGGAGGGGGUUUUCAGUUGUCAUUGGGAUUCUUGUUCCAUUUCAUUUUUAUUUCCCUGACAAAGAAAAGAAUAGCAGGUGAAAGGUGCUAAAUCUUAAAAAUAAAAUACAGUGAAAGCAGUUAAUAUAUUAACAUAACAGUAUGCAUUGACUCACUCCUAGCUGAGCUGUCCUGCCUUCUUUCUCCUCUCUUUGCAGAGCUCAAUCAGUAAUAAGGCCUGAGACUGGCAGGUGGCAGUAUCCUCCUUCUGGCUCACAAUGGGUGGAUGACACCUUGCUUUGUGUUGGUAUCUGUAAGGCGGCCAAAUCCCCAAAAUAAGCUGAAUCCUGCACAUAGUCAUAAGAGCAUGCUGAGCUUAAGACAAGGAGCCAAAAGUUUUGUGGCACCUGUGGUAGGUUACCAAAUGCUGCCUUACCCACGUCCCUAGUGAGGGUCAGCUCCCUUUCAAAACUGACCCUUGCAAGCUUUGAAAGUGGAGCAGAAGCCUAGGGAAGAAGGAAGGUUGCCGGCAGCAUCCUCAUGCUUCUUGCAAAGCUUUGCAUGGAGUGUGAGCAGAUGAGUGAUCCUUCCAAACUGCUGGAACAAAUCUAAAAUGAUCUGAGUUUCAGAAGUAUUGGAAACAAAAACUGUCAAAUCAUCAGCAUGGACUACAAGUUCUGACAUUGCUUGCAAAACCAAAAUAAAAAAUUCAGGGCAGAUUUAGUUGAGUUAGCUAAAUCCAAAAAGGGGUCUCAAAGAAUAAUUUCUCAGGAAUGGGAACAAAUACCUUUUAAUGAAAAGGUUUUUUAAAAAAUCAAACGUAACUCCAGGUCUAACAAAAACACACACAAUAAAGGGCUUAAGGGGCAGCCCUGGCGAACUCCAGAAAAAGUUGGGAUUCUCCUCCCUCUGCAGCCAUUUAUUUGAGGAGUCACUGUGGCCCCUGCAUAAAAUAAUCACAAAUAACAAAAAAAACUCAUACAGUAUACUUUCUUAAAUUCUAGAUGUUUCCACAAAUAAAAAUCAUGCACUUGAUCAAAGGCUUUAGACUGAUCGAACUGAAGAAAUUGCCCUUUCCAGAUAUUUCUCUUAGCUAAAGGAAGGACUUCCCUUAGGAGGCACAAAGAGUGGACCAUAUGUUUUCUCGGGACCACACUUGUCUGCAAACGAGUAAUCAAUUUAUCAGUGAUCCUGAACAACCUAUUCAUUAAAACUUCCCCAAAUAUGUGGUAAUCAAUUUUCGUAAGAAUGCUAGGUCACCAGUUUUCAGGUAAAUUUAAAUCAUCUUUCUUAGGGGGGGGGAAAUGAUGAGACCUUCUAUAAAUGAUGUGUGCAUCUACUUGUUUUUCAAAAACCAAUUAAAUAAAUCCUCUAAAAAGGGAACCAGCAUGUCAGCAAAGGUUUUAUAGAAUGCCAGAGGAGCAGAGUGUUUCUUGCUGGUGGACAUAGCCAUCUCAAUUUCUUGAUGUGAAAUAGGGCGUAAGAGCAGUCUUUGCCCUUCCUGAUCUAGGAUUUCAUCUUCUCACACAGACACAUAGAUAUACCUUAAAUAAGAAAUCACCUCUGUAUCAGGGAUAUCAUGCCCUGAGGUUUGUAUAAAAUCUUUCCAUAAUUUGUAACGUUUUAUGAUUCUCAACUUCAACUGGGCUUUGUUAGCCCUUAAACCUUUGAAACUGGUGAAGGAUUUUCCAGUUCUCACUUUAGCCCAUUCAUGGAGCUCCACUACUGCCCUCUGGUCCAAUAUAUUUUACUGAACAACCUCACAUGCUUCAUCUUCUUCUGAAAAGCAGCAAUCUGAAUCUAUCCAUGAAUUCUAAUCUCAUUUCUACAGUCUUUGUGUGCUUUAGAAAAAUUACACUGGAUUUUAAAAAUCACUUGGUGGUAGAUGCAUAGUUUGUGAUUAUAGUCUAUUGCUGUGAUAGCACGAGACCGUUUAAUAUUGCAUUUCAAAUUUUCCUACAUGGGGUGCUUCUUCAGGCUCUCAAAGCGUGCAUGCUUCAUUAAUCAGGAUGUCAGACACAGAAACCUAACACUGCGUUCGAUUGCAGUUUUAGUCUUGAAUCCUCCAAGAAGCUAUUGUAAUAAAUUAUUAUAUGAAAUUAUAAUUUCAUAAGGUAACAGACACUUUUAAAAAAAUGUUUGUGACUAUACCAAAUCUUCUGUUGCUUGAUUCUGCAGUGAGCCUAUUUUUGCAUUGCUUCAUAUCUCAAUGGGUUACAUCCAAAGUUUUUGCUCUGUAAGUAGAAGGAUCCCUUUUGUGAGUAGAACGAAAACUUUGGAUCCAAUCCAAUAUUUUAAAGAUGGACUGCAUUGUGGUCACUUUGAUAAUUUAAUAGUAAUAAUAGAAGACUGCUGAGUUUUUAAUAGUAUGUGGAGAAGUAAAUACAGCAGGGGGAAACCUAUUGCUAUAUCAUCCGUAGUGCCUAGCUAUUAUAAUCCAAGCAGUUAUUUGCUAAUGGGCUGCUAGUUACAUGAAAACCAUAUCUAAUAUGCACAGUACGGCAAUGAGAAUGUUUUCAGUCAGGUUAAUGUAUUUCCUCUAUUUGGCCCAAAGUGCAGUUAAUACAAAUGCUGAUUUGUUUUGUUGCAUGAGUUUUUUAUUUUCACCUCAAAGGGCAUGCUUACGAUUGCACUAAAAUUAUUCUGGUUCAAUCCUGCCAUGCAUCUAUGGUUCUCCUUUUGUGGUAGCACAGUUAUGGGAAGGAACACAGCCUUCAUAUAAAAACAAGUCUCUCCUUAAGAACAUAAGAACAGCCCUGCUGGAUCAGGCCCAAGGCCCAUCUAGUCCAGCAUCCUGUUUCACACAGUAGCCCACCAGAUGCCACUGGAAGCCACAGGCAGGAGUUGAGGGUAUGCCCUCUCUCCUGCUGUUACUCCCCUGCAACUGGUUCUCAGAGGCAUCCUGCCUUUGAGGCUGGAGGUGGCCUAUAGCCCUCCAACAAAUAGCCAUUGAUAGACCUCUACUCCAUGAAGUUAUCCAAAUCCCUCUUAAAGCAAUCCAGGUUAUUGGCUGUCACCACAUCUUGUGGCAGAGAAUUCCACAGGUUGAUUGCGCGUUGUGUGAAAAAGUACUGUUUGUUGGUCCUAGAUUUCCUGGCAACCCUUCUCUCCUUUAAUGUGUAACAGCAGAUCUGAGUAGGAAAGAAUGGAAUCAAAAUGGUCACUGAGACUAAUUCGGCAGUCCAUGUUGCCUACCUCAUCAUAUUUUGAAUUGUUUGCUGAAUAGUCCGGACCCCUUUUUAUAAUAGUUCCCUUCCACUCCUUGCUUCUGUGGUCUAUACUCCACUUUCCUAUAUACAUGCUUCAGUAUCUGUGGUGUAGAAAUGGCAGCAUGUUGGUCUUGGAAAGAGUUUUAGCCUCCAGUUGAAUGGUCUGAGGUUUUACUGGCAAAAGAACUUCCUUCUCUUCCUAGCUCUUGUGCACUAAGAAUUCUAUACAACUUUCUCCUUCAAAAUUUCCAGACUGCAGGCUUUACCACGAGUUUACUGCAAGGCUUUACUGAGAGUUUGAAUUUGCCCCCAAAAACUGAUGCAAAAAGUGGAUUUUUUUUUUAACCCCAGACAUAAAUCAGGCUAUGCUCUAAUACAUAAUGAAAAACUGAAUUGUGUGUGUGAAGUGCUCCCUGAUAGCUCACAGGGACUUCAGGGUAAAUCUGGCUGAUAUGUGAAUGCCCACCCUCCAUUCUGGAGGACAAGCAAGCUAAAAGCCUCAUCUGGAAAUGCUCCUUGUGAGAGCUCCAAGAUAUGUAGAGAAGUGACAAUAAGAACAAACUUCAGCAGCUUCAGGAUAGACCCUGCAGAGCUCCCAUCAUAAGAAGAGCUGCAUGAGGCCCUAGUCUAGGGUAAACCUGAGUGGCUUGUAGGGUGUGUAUGAAUUGUAAUUCUCUUGGUAAGCUGCUUUCAGAUUUAAGAACUUGGUAAGAAUAAUAUGGAGGAGCAUGAUUAACGGAGGGUAAGCCUAAUGCUUGGAAAUCCUCUGGAUUCCACAGCCUUUAUGGCCUUUGACAGACUCAGGUUUUGUGAAUCUUUCAGAUGAUCUUUCUCAUAGCUAGGAGGGGGAAAAAAGCAUGGAGAAACACUGGACUCUAAUGUAGACAGUGUUCAGGAAGAUUUCUCCCCACCUUCUUUUAAUGUCAUGCUGAGAUGACUAUGCACAGUGCAAACAGAAAAGGGAGGGUUUUAAUAAUUGUGGAGGAGCAAUAAAAAAAAAUCCACUGCUGCAGCAAGACAAGUCCAAGGGUCUAGAGUGAACUUUAUUGCACACCAUGCUUUUUUUCCAAGUGGGUCUGCCUGUGUGCCUGUAAUGGACAGCAUUUGUAGCCUUUGCCUUUGUAUUCCUAUGCAUACAAAUCAUUUAAACUGAUUACUGGACAGUGUCAUUGCUUUGAUUAGAGGUACACCUGAUUCUACUAUGAACUUGAAAUGUCCUAUGAACAUUUAAGAAUGUGAUGUAUUUGUAUGUUCAAGACAAUGCAAAUUUGAAAGUAACCAGGACAAUAUGUUUGUGUGUGUGUAACUUCUUGGCAAUCGGUUUCCAUUUAUUAAGUCAUGCCACAUGUACAGUAUAUGUAUACAUGAAGAUAUUAAUUGGCUAAUCUUCCUUUUUAUCUCCUGAAGUUUGUGUUUUUAAAAAGAAACUAAAAAGCCUUGGUGUAGGAGAGCAAGUAAUUGUUUGUUUCAAUAUAUCAUGAUUAUGUUCCCAUUCUUUGCCUAUAUUUAUGUAGUCACCAUGUUGAUGGGUGGUCAGUCUUGUUUAAAUGCUUCUAACCAAAUAAUGAACAGAGCAUAUAUGUCUGUUGACAAUUGCAAAAACUCAGAUUUGAGACUCAGGCCAAGAUUAAGAUUUUGUAUGCAGUCUGAGCAUCUGAUCCUGUUGACUUGCCCUAACUUGUGCUCUGGUCGUGAUUUUAAAAGUGAUACUGGGCAUGCAAAAACAACUUAAUUUUCAGUGGUCCUUGAAACUUACUUUGUGUUUAAACUAGAAUAUCAGCCACUACAUGUACAGUAUGGCACCUACUUGAUUCACAUAUCCCUAGUGUACUAACACCACACAUGCAGGUUAGGCAACCUGUGUACAUAGAAUGGUACAGAGGCAAUUUCAGUUGCAGCAUCACACCUGAAACUGGGUCUGAGAGGAGUGAGUGCAAGGAUGAGCUGGAGAGAAGGGAUAUAGCAACACUGAAUUGUAGCAACCAUUUGUGCUGGCUGGCAACUUCUCUCCCAAUCAGAGGAUGCAAUCUCCUUUCCCUUUUGUGCGUUGACAACAGAGGUAUCUUGUUUACUUCUCUCUUUUCUCCUAAUACUUUGAAAGGUAGCAGACUGAUAAAAGAAUUAUAUUACUGAUAAAUACAUCUUUUAUCAACAUGCUGCUCCUACAAAAUAUUGUCAUGUACAUAUAAUAAACAAAAAACGCAAACCACUGCAGAUGCCUAUGUAAGUUUUCUCUGGUUGUGCUUAAAAAUGUAACUGGAAUAUAUGAGACCUGGUAUAGUUGCAGUGACUUGCUUUUAAUAUUUAAGAUUACAUAAAGUGUUGGACAACUUUAUAUGAAUAUUUCAAGGAAACUAUUACUACUACACUACUAUAACUACACAUAUUUAUAUUCUUCUUCACAAACAAAGUUUUCAGAAAAUUUAUUUUUAUAAACUUCUGGCAGAAAAAUAAACAUAAAUUUGUUUUUAUAAAAAAUUUCUGAUAGAAAAAUAAACAUAAAUAAAAUGGUUCCCUGUCCCCAAAGGGCCCACAAGUAAAAACACAAACAUAAGGUAGACACGAGCAGCCAUUGGAAGGGUGCUUUGUUGUGGUUGGUUAGGGUCACUUGCUAAAUAUAAGAGAAUCACCACUUUUAAAAGGUGCCCCUUUUCUCAGUUAGCAGAGUGUAUUCAAUUAGCAUCUUGCUCAGGUAGGCUCUUGUGCUUUUUUCUUAUAUGGAGUAACUGCUACACAUUCUACUCCUCAAAAAACCCAAACUCUUUUAAACAGGAACCAUUGUUUGAACACAAGUUACUAGGUUUCCAACAUAAACUAGUAUAAACUAUGAAUUAAAACAUACAACUAAUGACCAACAUUUCCUGAUAGUGGGAGAUUUUCUACUCAAGCAAAAAAUGUGAUUAACAGUGAGGUAGAUGUUCCAAAAUGAUGGGAGCUGUAAUCUGAUAGUAUCUGGAGUGCUCAGGUUGCCCUGUCCUGCUCUAGAACACUCUUGGGAAGAAAAAUCCAGCAUUGGCUGGAACAAAAAAUUACCCCAAUGGCUAAAAUCAGUAGGCAUUUCACAUGUCUAACACUAGGUUAGAAGCAGCCUGCUUUUUUAAAAAAACAUUUUAUUUUAAAGAACAAACAUUACAGUCCAAGACACUCCCCAAGAUGAAACACUUUCAUAUAAAGUUUUAAAAGAAGAGAGAAGAAGAAAGAAAAGAAAAGAAAGCGGGGGUGGGGGGGAGAGAAAAGAAAGGAAAAGGGAAAAAACCCAACAAACAAUGCAUAUAUAUGUAAUCACCUUCUAAAGCACAUACAAUUCAUUAAAUUUUGACCAUAUAGCUUGAAACUCUUCUUCUUUGCUUAAACGGCAACCUCCCCCCCAAUUCAAAGGUGGAUAAUGAACACGUUUCAGUAGUCCAAAGCUGAAGUUCUGGAAUAAAUUUGCUUUUCCAAUGUUGAAUUAUAAUCUUUUUGGCCACUUCUCAAGCACGAAGAAUCCAUAGUUAGGAACAUAGGAAGCUGCCAUAUACUGAGUCAGACCAUAGGUCCAUCUUGCUUAGUAUUGUCUACACAGACCGGCAGUGGCUUCUCCAAGGUUGCAGGCAGGAAUCUCUCUCAGCCCUAUCUUGGAGAUGCCAGGGAGGGAAUUUGGGACCGAGAUGCUAUUCCCAAAGCGGCUGCAUCCCCUAAGGGGAAUAUCUUACAGUGCUCACACAUCACGUGUCCCAUUCAUAUGCAACCAGGGCAGACCCUGCUUAGCUAAGGGAACAAGUCAUGCUCGCUACCACAAGACCAACUCUCCUCUCCAUCCUAUAUAAUAAAAGGCUACGGCGUGAUCCCAUGCACCCGUGUCUUUUUGGCCCGUUCUGGGCAUGCACGGAGCGCAUGCCCAGAUCGGGCCAAAAAGAUACGGCUGCCCAGACAUGGGUGGCCAUGUUGGGGCCCAGAAGCGGCGGCCUCAGAGAAGUGGCCGCCACCAACGGGAAUAGAGUGCUGGCGAGGAGGCGGCGGCAGAGCCGCGGCCUCAGCCAGAGGUGGCGGUGGCCACGGCGGGGCAACUGACCCCGAUGGCGGCAGCUGCCACCCUACAGGAAGUGCAGGUGAGGCAGUGGCGGGCCGAGUGGCCCUGAUGGUGGCGGCGGCCGCCGCGGAAGUACAGGUGAGGCGGCGGUGCUCUGGCCCCGUCAGGCCCCUUUUUUGGCUCGCUGCGGCCGGGGGUGAGUGAAUGGGCCAAUUUGGCCCUUAAACGUGGGGGAUGGGUGGAAAAAAGCAGCUGGGAGGGAGGGCGGCCGGACGGGCGGCCGGACGGGCGGCGAAGAGGGGAAUGGCGGCGGGGGGCCAGGAGCGCCAUAACUAGAGCCCGUAUUUAAAACGGGCUUUAACAUACUAGUUGUUGAUAAAGUGUUAAGUUCCAUAUCCUGAGGAUAUAUCCCAGGAGAACAUAGCUAUCUUUAAAACACAAUGAUAAUUGCAGUGUCUUAUUUAUAAUUUUAUGGACUUCAUCCCAAAAAGAUGCUAUAAUUGGGCAUGACCAAACCACAUGUGCCAAUGUCCCCUCAUAAAUAUUACAUCUCCAGCAAACCGUGUUCUGAACCCAGCUCUUUCUGAACAUCUUCUGGAUCUUCUGGAAGAGCGAAACAAAAGUUUUUGCUGAACAAGUCUGAAGCAGCCUCCUAUCCUAAUUUGGGAGCCAGGCAUGCUCCCAAUCUUCCAUCGUGUGUUAGAUAAAAACCAGGUUAGAAGCUGGAGCUUGACCAUCAAUCAAGCCCCAGCUGGGUAGGAUGAUUUCCCUGCCUACCUUAUUCAAAUGGUAGGGAGGGAAUCUGAGUAGGGCAUACUUCUCUUUCCCAACUGGGACUUGAUUGAUCAAGUUCCCUGCCUCCGACCUUCUGUUUGGCUAACACAGAAUCCAAAAUCAGGCACAUGCCCGGCUCCCAAAUUAGGGUAGGAGGGUUCCUAACCUAGAGUUGCUUGGGUGAACAGCACCUAAUGUAUGUAUUGGAAUAAUUUUUGUUCCAGAUGUUUUUCACAGAAUGAAAAUAGUAGCAAUAGCAAUAGCACUUACAUUUAUAUACCGCUUUAUAGCCGGAGCUCUCUAAGCGGUUUACAAUGAUUUAGCAUAGUAGAUGGUAAUUGGCUGUACUUUUGGAGAUACUCUAUUCUAGGGUGCAGGUGAUAAUGUCCUAAAAGGCAUAAAUUGUAGCACCACAUGUGUGAAUUCUGCAACCAACAGCUUAGAAAGGCCAGUAAAGUUAAUUUCCUCAGGCAUGGUUAUUAACACACAACAUUCUGCACAACCUCCUGCAGAUGUUGGACUAAAAUUCCCAUAGGCCCCUGACUAGUGUUUCUUUUGCCAGAGUUUGUGUGCUUCUGUUAUCUUCAUUUGGGCAGGCCUUCCAAUUUCUGAAGGAAGUAGUCUUCCCCUUUAUAGUUUCCUAGAUUUUACUUGUUGGCCAUGUAGGCAUCCUCCCGGACUUGAUGGUAUCUUUCCUCCUUUUGGGCAGCAUUCUAACUGGGCUUCUAUUAUUGUGGUUUUAAAUAAACUCCAUGAAUUCUGCAGUGAA